AUGAAGCCAGAAUGGACCGACAUGCAAGCGGGACCGAAUGUCAUUGAUCUUUCAGUCGAUCCCGUGGACAUAGUCAGCGACUACAUCAAAUGGUUGUACUGCGACACUAUACCAAACAAGCAGUACGAAGCAGUCGCAAAUACAUACGAAGAGAGGGAAAAGGUCUUUGUUGCGCUUGCAAAAUCAUACGUCUUUGGAGAAAAGAUUAUCGAUGUGAGGUAUAAGAACGCAGUGUUGCAGGCGAUCUUCACAGCGCAAAGGGCGCUUCAUUGGUACAUGGGACCGGAGAGCGUUAAGAUCGUUUACGAAGGUACCCCUCCACAAUCUCCACUUCGACGCUUGAUCGCUGAGAACGUUACGUACAUGGCGUAUGAUGACUCAAAAGAAAGUGUUGGCUGGAUGCAAUUCUUCGACACAUGUCCUAGAGAAGCUUUGGUUGAUGCACUAAAGACCACGGUGAAGGUCCGCCCCGAAGAUCCUGAGUCCAGGCCUGACGUCGGAUCGUAUCUUGAGAAAGAAUAG